CCACCAGUUUCCUUUGCUAGCUGUGUAACUAGCAGCUAAUGCUAAUACGCUGAUUAUUAUACGUCUAGUGUUUUUGUAAUAUUCCAUAUGUAGCGAAUGCAGAACGCUUAGCUUUAAUUCAACCUUUGUCAUAAUCGUAGACACCUUUAGUCGCGUCUGAGACGUUUUUUAAUCAACUCUCGAGUUUUGGCUAACUGUUUUCAUUCAUCACUAUGGCGAGUGCAGCUAAUGCAAACCUGAACGCAGUCCGGGAAACUAUGGAUGUGCUGCUGGAGAUCUCAAGGCUUCUGAACACUGGUUUGGACAUGGAGUCUCUGUCGAUAUGUGUGCGACUCUGUGAGCAGGGCAUCAACCCGGAGGCCCUGUCUGCGGUCAUCAAGGAGCUGAGGAAAACAUCAGAGUCUCUGAAGGCCUCCGAGAACAGCACAAGCUGAAGAUAAAGCCAGACCUACCUCAGUGUGGGACUUUGAAAGGCAUCGUGGGAACAUGCCCUAUCUUUUGGAUCUAUUCCUACCAUGAACUCUCCAGCUCGUCUGAGUCGUCUUUGUUUUGGCACUUCGUCGUCUCUGCCUCUUCAGUGACUCAUGUGCUGCGCUUUGACUUGUGUCGAGGCAUCAACCUGAGUCCUCUGCCUGACGCACAAGGCUGCUCCUGAAAUAAGACCUAUUUCAGCCAUCUAGGUGCAGUUCAAGGUUUUCUUUUUUUGUUUUCUGCCAUAAUUUGUAAUCUGUCGGUUCAUGUUUCUAUUUACAUUCUGCUGAUAUCUCUGAACUACUCGUUGAUGAUCUCCAGCAUGUGUUGCACUUUUCAUGCAGUGGGGUUAAAAUGCCUGUAAAAUGAUUAUGAAUUGGUUUAAAUAAUAAAUUUCUUGUCAGAAAAAAUAUGCGUUUGAAGUUAAUUGGUGACUCUAAAUGUCCCAUGUGUGUGUCUUUGUUUUGACACAAACAUUUUCAGUCCACCCUUCAGUCCUGAAUUGGUUAAAACUGCGUAGAAAAUGUAUGGAUGUUUAUGAAUUUGUCCAUUUUCCCAACAAAAUCAAUUUUACCAUGUUCGUUUUCCAUAUGACUGAAGAUGGUUCAGAUUAAAUUAAAAUGUUACAGUCAAU